GUCGUUCCGGGAUUCUGGUUGCAGAGGUAGACGCAGUAUCGAGGAAACCCGCCCAGACUGCGUGGGCAGAUUCAGAUUCAGAUUCAGAGGCAACCAAGUCUCAUUGCCUUUUGGAGACGAACUAGCAAGAACUUAACCUUCCAAGAAAAGACGCCGACGGCAACCCGAUUCGCCAAUCGGCAGACCCGCCAGAAACACACCACCAACGCGCCGCUAUCAGUCAGUCAGUCAGCCAGCCAGCCCCCCAGCCCAGCUUCGCCAUCACACACACCUCAGUUGACGUUUGUCUCAGCGCCGCCGCCGGCUUUUCUCUCGUCUUCGCUUUUCUCUUUCGAACCCAGCGGAUCCGCCGCCGUCGUCUUCUACAACGGAGAGAUAGCCUGACGUUACUUGGCUUUUCGCAUGCGCUAACUUUUUAGGCUCCGGAAGCCGAUCCCAGCCAUCUUGACUCUCUUCCAUUUCCGUGCCUGAAGAUGGCUUCUUGCAUAUGCUUCCCCCCCUUCACUUAGUAGCGUUGCUUCCACGUAGCCCAUCUAUAUAUGGAUCGCGGAUAAUUCCACCUCUCAUCCCUUCCGUUUCUCUCAUUAUCAGCAUCUCAUAUCUCACACACCUCAGCAUAAAGAAAUCACAUCCCCUCGUUUUGUGUGAGCUCCAAAAAACCUGCACUUACACAAAGGCUUCGUCUAUCCUCCGUCGCCUCCAUCCUUUACACCUCGGCCAUCUUCACGUCUAUGAUAGAACUUAGCUGGAAGCGCAUCAACAUGAAGACGUCAGCUACCCUCAUCCUCGCCGCUUCGGCGCUGGCCUCAGCCCAAGUCACAUACAACGCAACAACAGGCCAAUACAUCUGCUCCCGCCCAAACUCCGCCUUCUGCGCAGGCGACUCCUUCGGCACAGACAUCAUCAUCCGCUGCGACGCAAACGGCCGCGGCCAACCGGGCCGCUGCACGAACAACCUCGCCGGCCAGUUCCCCUUGGGCGUCAACCCUUCCCUCUGCUGGAUGUCCCAGCCCUACUCGGGCGACGCCGCCUGCGAGAAGAACUGCGUCGUCUACGCAUCUCCCAGCCCCUUUCAGCUCCCGCCCAGCGUCUGCACCCCGUACGCCUCCGGGACGGGGACCGGCACGGGGUAUGUCCCGAGACCUACGUACCCGAUCGGCCCGCCGCCGCGGUCCUCUGGUAACGGUACGAUGACGAGUACUGCCGGCCCGUCUAGACCUACUGGGACCGGAGGCGGCGGCGGUACUGGCGGUGGGCCUGCUCCUUCUGGCAACGGUACUACCUCGACGAGCCGCGGUGGUGGUGGUGGUGGUGGCGGUGGUGGCGGUGGUAGCUCCGGUCGUCCUACUACCGCCACGUCCGGCAGCAGCCCGUCAGGCACGCGGACCCCGAUCCCGCCAUCGGGUACAAUCACCAACCCGACCUCCGUGCCCACCGCCGCGGCAGUCCAUAACUCUGUCGGCUCUCUCGUCGUUGCUGGCAUUGUCGCUGCCUACUUCAUCUAGACAAUGUUUUUGUUUAUUUCCUUUACUCGACAUGGUUUACCUACACCCAUCCCCCUCUCCAGGCGAGAGGUACCAAAGGCAUCCAACAAUACGAUCAUUCCUUAGCAAAUUCACACAUACCCCCACACGUCACUAGGCCCGUGAAAGAAGAGUAGGCCCGAAUCUUUGCAUCAUACAUUUUACUUUUAAUACCAAGUCGGUCACCAAUCGCAUCAUCGUGGGCGGGGAACAGUCUUCAUAGAGCCUCGCCUUGAGGCGGAAUAACACUUUUACACGGCGCAAAGGAGUUUUUGUUCGAGUCCUCCGUCACUCUUAUGAGUACCGCAUGGGGACAUCAUUUAGAUUUGAAUCUGUGUUUGAUUUUUCUGAGAAGAAAAGCGAGUACCAUUAAGUAGCUAGUCUGGAGGCCCUGGAGGUACAGAUAGAUCCAAUCAUUGACAUCCCAUUUUCAUGUAUUCUCUUGUCACUCACUGCGUGUCGUCUGAGACGGCGCGGAAAGUCCUUUUUGCCCUUUCAACCAAGG